AUGUCAGUUACAAUGUGCCAAACGAUGGGUUUCGUUGUCUCAGCCCUGGGCUUCGCUGGCAUCAUCGCAUCCACAGGUCUGGAUAUGUGGAGCACACAGGACCUCUAUGAUAACCCAGUCACUGCAACAUUUCAGUACCAGGGUCUCUGGAGGAGCUGUGUAAGACAGAGCUCAGGAUUCACAGAGUGCCGACCCUACUUUACCAUCCUUGGCUUACCAGCUAUGUUCCAGGCUGUCAGAGCAUUGAUGAUCGUUGGGAUUGUACUCGGGGCGAUUGGUUUACUCAUCUCAAUCUUUGCCCUGAAAUGCAUCAGAAUUGGAAGUAUGGAAGAUUCAGCCAAAGCUAAUAUCACCCUGACAUCUGGAAUAAUGUUUAUUGUAGCAGGUCUUUGUGCAAUAAUUGGGGUGUCCGUCUUUGCCAAUAUGUUGGUGACCAACUUCUGGAUGACCACGUCUAGCAUGUACACUGGCGGAGCAAUCAGUGGCAUGGGCGGGAUGGGAGGGUUGCAGACUCUCCAAACAAGAUACACAUUUGGCUCAGCCCUGUUUGUUGGAUGGGUCGCUGGAGGAAUCACACUUAUCGGCGGCGUCAUGAUGUGCAUAGCAUGCAGAGGUCUGAUGCCUGAAGAAACCACCUACAAAGCCGUUUCCUAUCACACUAAUGCCAAAAGUGCCGGAUACAAGACGUCCGCCUAUGAAGGCAAGAAAUCCAUUUACAAUGAGUCUCGACGCAGUGAGGAUGGCAAGAGCGUCCCUUCAAAAUAUGACUAUGUGUAACUGUACAAGUGACCCUCCUGUAUAUACCCAAAUAUAAGAGCCUUCUAUACUUGGUGGUGUGCCCACUGAGACGCAGCUAACCAUGCAGUAAUUGGGACUCCAGUCAAUAAGUUAUCGGCCCUUAUAUUUGCACAAUAUUUUAAAAUCUUGAAUACAUUCUAUAUAAUCCUCAACUAUUAGUACAUGGAAUUAUUUGUACAUAUUCUCUCUCUCUCUCUCUCUCUCUCUCUCUCUCUCUCUACCCAUAACUAAUUUUACUCUCCAGAUCCAUGUUAUCCCUAUAGCUAAAUGUAAUACUCAGUAAAACAUAUAUGUAUAUUGUAUUGUAUUAUAGAAAGUGCCUACAGGUAAUGCAUACAAUGUACAGAAGGAGCAAAUCUUAACUAUGAAGCGGUGCCUCUGCACAUGCCAAUUGCACUGAUGUAGGGAUAACAUGGUGUAAGUGAUGGGUGUGUUUGUGCCAUGCAAUGUGCCACAAUUACGUACUUUGGAUGGCGCUCGGCAACUGGAGUAUUUAUAAUGGGUGCAGUGUGUGCAUUUUUUUUUUAAUACUUACCCCCCGGAGUCCCGCAUCGGCAGCAGCAGCACCCAUUUUCCUGGAGUUUCACACAUGUGCAGUAGGAAAAUCACUGGGAAAAUGACCACCACACCAUUUUCCAGGAGAUCUGCACAUGCGCACUAGACUCUGGGACAGUGCUAGGGUCCCCUUCUUAGUGACCCUAGUGCCCAGAAUCAACAGUGCUGCCGACUGGGCCUCCUCCUCUCUUAGUAGGUCCCUGUGCUUGACUACUACAUUAGCAUAUUGAGAUUUUCUCCAUCGAUUUGCUUAUGAGGUAUGUGUAAAACUAUAGUGAAGAUGUACAAAUAAACUGUUUGUAAGUAUUUUUUAGCUUUUUAAAUAUUGGUAUUUUUAUGCUAGUCAAGUUAUUAGUGGUGGCCUGCUACUUAAGAUAUGCUGACUGAUGCAGGGAUAUAUACAACUAAGUUAGUGCUAAUUUCCACAUUACCAAUUUAAAGCUUGUAGAGAAAUUUGGUAUCUAUAUUUUUUAUGUCAUAAUAAACAUUUUUUAAAAUAUGCUAUAUACAGUAUGUAUAUAUAUAUAUUUUUAAAUCAAGUCGAUAAACCCUAUCAUCCAAAAAAUUAUACAGCUAUAUGUGCUGACACGUCAACUCUAUAAUGUCGUCCAGUUCUAGGUUUUCCUCAAAACAGUAAUUAUAUUGGUACAACCAUUCUAAAACAACGUAGGGGUAAAUUUACUAAGAUGGGAGUUCUAUUUAAGAUGGGAUGUUGUCCAUAGCAACCAAUCAGAUUCCAGGUAUUAUCUUUUAGAAGGUGCUAGGUAAAUGAGGAGUAGAAUCUGAUUGGUUGCUAUGGGCAACAUCCCAUUUUAAACAGAACUCCCAUCUUAGUAAAUUUACCCCGUAGUGUCUGUUCCAACUGAACAAUGCAUAGGUUAAAAAGAGUUCUAUUAUCCAGAAGAGAGAGUGAAAGUGGAUCACUGUGUAGAACCCUGACCACAUAACAAUGAUACAAAGAUCUAGAAUUUAUUAUCAUCAACUUCAUGUGUCUUUAGACAUGUCACACAUGAUCUUAUCGCCUUACUCCAAGUCAACAAGAACUAGAUUGUGAGCUUAUGUGGACAGAAAAUCUAUACUUGAAUAAUGCUAUUUACAAUACUGUGUAAAACUCUGUGUAAUAUAGGAUGAGUCUCCGAUAUCUAAAAUGCUUGGGACCAGAAGUAUUUUGGAUUUUAAUAUUUUGGAUUUUGGAAUAUUUCCAUAUAAUAAUGAAAUAUUUUGGGAAUGGGACUCAAGUCUAAACAUUAAAUGCGAUGAUGUUUCAUAUACACCUUAUACGCCUGAAGAUAAUUUUAUACAAUAUUUUGAAUUCUUAUGUUCAUGAAACAAAGUUUGUGUACAUUGAACCAACAGAAAGCAAACGUUUUACCAUCUAAGACUGAGUCAAAAAAUUUUGGUUUUUCAGAAUAUUUUGGUUUUCGGAACUCCCGAUAUGGGAGACUCAACCUCUAUAACCUAGCAACAGUGUGUAAUUUAUUCAGGAAAGUUUGCUAUAAGCCAUUUUUUUUAAUCUGUUGCAUCGAAAUUUCAUUGCCAUGUAUUUUGAAUUUUGUAACAAGAUGAUUUCCCCUAUUUACUUUCUCAGUUUAAAAUAGUUCAGUUUCUGGCGGGAAUAAGCAAACUUUUAAUAACUUCUCAGACCUUCUGCAGAGUUCCAAAUAACCGAUCCAGAAAACUUUCUAGCACAGGUCAUCAAAACGAUAAAGAUGAAAAUUCAGCAAUGUACAUUCAUGGCAGGGAAGGGAAUUUUAAGAGCUUUCAAGAGUUUUUCAAUGAAGCAAUUGCAAUUCACAUUCAGGUGUCCCGUACAUCUCUGUUCAGCCCUUUGCUGGUUUAGCUGUUGCAGACUUUACUCAAGUGCAUUUCUCCCAGUAAGUUAAAAAAUACAUAAAUUCAGAUUUUACACACUGUCAGAGUUCUAUGAUGUUUUAUAGGAGAGCAGGAAAAAAGCAUUGAGAAAACAUUUCUAUUGCAUUUUGAAAGCAAAACGCAGACUUUUCUAAGAUUUUAUUGCCCCAUACAAUCAGCGAGUUGUUCCAGUUUAAGGUUCUAUGGAGUAUCAGUACAAAUUAAUUUGCAAUUCUACUCCUCUUCUUUGAAUAAAGAUGGAUUUCAUUUCAAAAAGCCCUGUGCCUUUCUAUGUUAUCAUAAAUACUGGAGAAGAUCGAGUUCUCUCCUAAAACGCUUUUUUUGUGCUGCUGCUUUGGAAAGAAACAAAAUUAUAACUUUUCUUUUGCAUGAAUAAGUAAUAAUUUCUCAUUUACCUGGUGCCACAAUUUCAUAAUACAUUAUAAAUUAUAACUUAGAAAACCAAAUCCUUCAGAAGUGGGCCAUCCAUCCCUUAGUUUUUACUUUCCGGUGCAGCCAUGUUGGCGGAGAUUACUAUAGAUAAACAGAAACUGACCUUCCUCGUUUUAUAAAAAAUAUAUUUAUCCUGCAGAUGGAGCAGAUUGUACGGCAGCGAAAGGUGCACUAUGAAACAGACUUUAUUAUAUUUAAAUUCAUUUGAGUUAUUCAAAGCUAAACUUCUCAUCUAUUUACCAUAAAGCACUGAUUCUCCACUUAAACUUUAGCCAUAGCGCAUUGUCCACUGCAACAAAUUCUGCUCCAUCUGUACCUGCUCGAUAUAGCAAUUGUAGUAAUAGCAUUUUAGAUACUUAGUUUGGGCAAUGUCUUUCUUUGAUGGGCAACAAAUAGCUUCUGGUGUCAGAAGUACAUUUAAGGUACAUUUAAGGUUCACCAUGGCUUUUAUAUAGCUUAUUAACUCUUUGGGAAUGUGUAAUACUUUUAUUUGUACACUUACACAAUAAAAAGAUUCCUUUAGCCAAUGUUAUUCUAUGUGAUAGGAUUUCUGUAUGACUUACUACCUGAGUUUCAUAAUUCUGUUUGUAGAAAAUGCUUUUUAUUGUUAUAUUUGUUUACAUGUUUGUUAUUCAUCAAUAAAUGUACCAAAAACUGA